UCAGAGUCGGCAGGGCGGGUACAAAAGGCGGCUUUCCCUUUGCUCGCCAUCAGCUUCACACGGAGACUGACACUUGCCACUGCGCUCCCCCCGAGCCAACCCACACACUCUCAUGGUUAACGCCGCCAAGGUCUUCAAAAAGACUGCACCGAAUGGUAAAGUCACCGCGUACCUAAGUCGGCGGGACUUCGUCGACCACAUCAGCCACACCUCCCCCGUGGAUGGUGUGGUGGUGGUCGACGAUGACUACCUCCGCGGCAGGCGGGUGUACGCCCGAGUGGGUGUCACCUACCGCUACGGCCGGGAGGAGGAUGAGGUGAUGGGCCUGCACUUCACCAAGGAGUUCGAGCUUGUCAACAGCCAGAUUGUUCCCAACAAAGACCAGGAACAAUUUUCUGAAGUUCAGGAACGACUCCUCAAGAAGCUGGGUCCCACAGCCCAUCCCUUCAGCGUCACUCUUCCCGAGUCCGCCCCAUGCUCCGUCACCAUUGACAGCGGGGACGAUACGACCACCCAUCCCCUUGGUGUGAUCUACGACCUCAAGCUGUACGUGUCGGAUCGCAAGGAUGAACACCCCCACCGGCGCAACUCUGUUACCUUCGCCGUCCGCAAGGUUCAGUAUUCCGACCCCCAGGGUUCAAACCGCCAGCCUCAGACCCUGGUGAGCAAGGGAUUCACUCUGUCCCCCGGCAAGCUGAACCUUGAGGUCAGCCUGGAGCGUGACAUGUACUGCCAUGGCGAGCAAGUGGCAGCUACUCUUCACAUCAACAACGCCUCCAGAAAGACUGUCAAGAACAUAAAGGCUCAGGUUGUCCAGCAUGUGGAGGUCACCAUGACCAACAGCCAAUUCACCCGCGUGGUGUCCUCUCUUGAGUCUCGCGAGGGAUGCCCCGUCACCCCUGGGACUAAUUUGACCAAGACCUUCUGCCUUGUUCCCUCCGCUUCCCUCAAUCAGAAGCGCUUCGGCAUCGCCCUCGACGGCAAGGUCAAGGAUCAGGACGCCAACCUGGCAUCCUCCACCGUGGUGGCGGCUGGGAAGAACCCCAACGACGCCUUGGGCAUCAUCGUGUCCUACUCUCUCCGUGUGAAGCUGAACUGUGGCGCCAUUGCUGGCGAACUAACCGCCGACCUUCCCUUCAAGCUGAUGCACCCUGACCCCAACCCCCAGAGCCCCGCCCUCCGCAAGAUGCAGUCCUGUGACAUGGACAUCGAGGAGUUCUCUCGACUCCGCCGAGGCGAGUCCGUCGCUGACGACUAGUCAUGCAGCGGAGACUUAACUUCUUCCUUUCUUGAUUAUUCUCCCUUUGUUUUUUAAUUUAAUCAUUAACUGUCUUCCUAUUUUGUUCAUUUAAUAUUCUUAAUUGUGUAAAUUGCGAUUUUGUUCAAUAAUUGGCUAUCCCUAAA